UCAUAUAGAUCAGUUCUUAUCAGUAAAUUGAAAUCUCUAUUCGGGAUCCACCCCUCCGUAUGCUAAUUUUUCCUUCUACAAACUUGUUGAAUCUUAUUGAUAGUUGUAAGGGUGUUUGACGGAUUUGUUUUCAUUUUGUAAAGGAAUCAAGGUUUAUGGCAGUUUAAGGAUUUAUAGUUGUUGAUUUAAGAAAGGUAGUAAAGGUGGCUUAAAGGUCUCGUUACUAGGCCAUCAAUUUUAAAAAGAUAGUAAAGCGUUCAAUAAAGCUUAAUCGAAGCUCAAUCGAUUUUUCAUAGUGCCGGGGACUGGGCGUCUGGGAUUCAAGGCUCUUGGUACAUCGCAAUAUCUUCGGAAAUCAAAGCUGCUCGGCCAUCAGACGAUGAAAUAAAAGCUCAGUACUGAUCACAGGAGCAGUAAAAGAUGAUUGACUUAAAAGGCAAUAGUCUGCCUGAAAGGCAAAAAGAAUUGAACAAAAAGGUGAGAGAUGCCACUAAAAAGAAAAUAUCCUUUCAAAGUGUUCAAAGCACACAUGAAUCCACCGAUGUUGACAGACUGUUUAAAAUUGAUUUGGCUUCAAACUAUAAAAACAUUGAUUACAUCCUUGAUACCUUCAAAUGUGGUGAUCCACUGUAUAUUUCAAGAGCUUUAAAAUGUUCUUGGAUAUUUGAAGAUGAAUAUUCAAAUGUAAUCAACCCGGAGUACCUUCAUAAAGAAAUUUUUCCAUUCAUGUCUAUUAAGAUGAAGAGGAAACUGCUCAUAACAAUAUAUACUCAUCUUAAAACAGAACAGAGAAUUAUCGAUUUUUACAACUACUGCAUUGAAAAGAAAUUGACUAACAUUGCUUAUAAAUAUCUACUUAUUGCUCCCGAAACUUUUAAAGUGGAGAUUAUCAACAAAGGCUUAGAUUCAAAGAAUGUUAAUGAUGAAAUAGUGUUCUUAAAGAAUUUCCUUGGUGAUUCUUUCACUCUACUGGAAGCUUAUUCAAAAACUGAUAUUGGUGAAAGGAAAAUGUCAAGAUACUUGCUUGAUCUUCGCCACUUUUACUCUGUAUCAGAUACCAAAUACUUAGAUCUGGUUGAAAAGUAUGUCCGCAUUGAAUUCAGAAUGAAGUCUGAUGAAUUAGGAUUGAGGAUAUCCAAACAUAUUAUGAAGAAACACAAAGAUAGAGUAUUGAAGAAGCCAAAAUUGUAUUUAUCGAUUUUGAAUAAAUUGCAAGUUGUGAAACAUAGUCUGAUUGAAGAUGCGAAAACAUUUGCUGUUGCCUUGAUGCCAUCGUCCGCUUCUAACUUCUGGUUGGACAACUACAGAAGAACAAAUAAAUAUAUCCUAGAUGUAAUUCCAAAGCAAGAGAUAUUUCCUUUCAUGAAAAAAUUAUUUACUGAUGCUUAUCCUGGUGAGGAUUUUGAGACAUCCAUGCAUUUCUAUAAUUAUCGUUUCUAUGAUAUGUUUACUAAUGAAGAGAAAGAAAAAUGGGCUUUAAGCCAAAUUGAAAGUCAACAAGAAGUAUUGGGACAUGGUAAAGAUUUUAAAUGGUACCAGUUUGUCAGUUUUGAUUGUGCAUUGGAGGGUAUCAAGAAAUACAUAAUGAUAACUAUUGAUAAAGAGAAACGAGGUGAAAUGAUAAACAUCUUGGUGGAAUCUGCUAAAAAUCAGAAAGACUUAGAGAAGUUAUUCAAAUAUUAUUAUGAGAGGCAUGUGAAUGAAAGUUCAUCCAAUAAAGAACAUUUUAUGAAAACAGUAAUCAUCAACCACAAUGUUUUCGAAUUCGAUGACGAAUGUUGGAAUGGAUUCAAUAAAAUUCUCUACAGUAUGCAUAUAUACAGUAACUCUGGUUUCUUCUUUAUGACGGACUUCAGAUUAAUUGUGGUCAUUUACAACAUAGUCCAUGGCAAAGAAAUACCCGAGCAAUUCAGAGAAGUUUUUAACUCGGAGUUCAAUUAUCUUUAUAUAGAUAAACUAUCAACGGAGAAACGCGUCAUAUUGUACGAGUACGUAAUCAAUUUGUACACGAUGAAAAUAAGCGAGUUUGAGGGAAAGAGUUAUGAAGGUGAAGUGAAAACUACUAUUCGACGGUACAUCUCGUUCGUUCUACGCGUUAUGGAAAUAUUUGAUAAAGGAAAAGAGGAUUUUCCCGAUGUUAUAAUGAGAUACAUCAAAUUGGAUUGGGAGAACUUUAAAAACCAUCACAUUUUGAAAGAGAAGGUAGUUAUCAAAGUUAUAGAAGAAAAUGAUUUAAUCCGUCAGUUAAAGAAAGACGCAACACAACUAAUGGACAAGUUUCCAAUUCUAACGAAAAGUAUCCAGAAUUCUUAUUCAUUUAGGUUAAAUCAAUUAAUGAGAAAAUUGAAAAUAUAUUUUGCCAAAGAUGUCGCCAAGGAAUAUCUCAAGUUCUUCCAUGACAUAUUAUCGGAUUCUAAAAGUAACUACGUGUUUAUAUCUACUGCGGUUUACGGAGUUCUACAAUUAGCCGACGAGGAAUCCAAAGUAGAUUUCAUGUUUAAAUACAAACCUAAUGAACCGAAAAUUGAUCACGAAAAAAUUAGCCCUAAAUUACUUGAUAUACAGAGGGCAAUCUGUCGCUACGCGUGUUACUCGCGACCGCCUUUGCCAUUGUCCAACGUCCUGAUGUACUUGAUUGGGGACUACAUUCACUACAGUGUACCAAUGUUCAAUUACUAUUUCGUCAAUUUACCUAAACCGCUUGCAAAUAGAUUCAUAGAGGUGACGUUGAACGCUCCCUUGUCUAUUCAAAAGCACGGAUUGCGCCUCGCUUUUAAAUCUUACAUCGCUGAGGACCUAAAAGCGGUCAUCCUAACGGUUUGGCACAAGACAAAGAAUAUCUCCUUGAGGCUGUUACUUUACAAAAAUCUGUUUGAGAAAAUUUUGAUCGAAGAUGAAGGUUCACAGAACGAGUUGUACGACGCAUUAAAAAUAUUCACAUCACAAGUACACGAAGAUGAUGAUAAAGCAAUCUACGGUCUGCUAGUUUCUCCCAAAUUACCAAAACGCUUCAUCGGGGAUCUACUCGAGACUGCUUGGAUGUCUGUGAGUCAAUUUAAAGAAAAGGGUGGCAACAUAGAUAGCCAAACUCAAGUUCUGCAAGGCAUAAAAUCAAAUAUAUUUUUUAUGAAACGAAAAUUCGUAUUAGAAUACAUUAUUACACCACAUGUGAAUGAAAUGUUAACUGAGAAGAAAAUUCAACCAUCCUACAAGAGUCGUGAGAUAAGCACCAGAGUUAAAACUAAGUGGUCAUUGAUUUCGAAAUACAUUAUCGCUGUGCAAAACGAGGAAGAAGCAAACGAUAGCAUUGCCUUAUUAACAUCUAUUAUAAAGUCAUGUGGUGAGAUGUGGGCAAUGGGUCACGACAAUACGUACUCGAUUCGACUGUUCUUUGCGAACUUUAUAUCCAAUAUGCAAAUGAUCAUCAAAAUUGACAAUUUAAAAUACAUUCAUACUAUAUUCGAAAAACUACUACAGACAGUUGAAGAAGUGUUGCCAUUAGAGGAGAUGUAUCUGACAAUAUGGGAACUCCGAUUGGUGAUAAUUACUACAAAGCUCUGUUCCAAUCCUGGAUACUUCAAGAAUGAAUCGACCAAAAUUGAAUACGGCAAAUUGUGCGAAGAAUUCGCCGAUGAGAUCGGAAACCUUGCUGUGGAUUUAAUUAACAAAGGCCAGUACCAUAGAAGUUUCCAGAUUCAGAUAAACGAAAGGGUAAUAAUUCAGAUGAAACUACUCGCACGUGCUACAAACGAAGACUUGGAACUGAUUAUCAUUGCUGUAUGUAACCGAUUGACGCGCUUCAAGUUUCUAGAAAUAUAUCUCAUGGCACUGAUGUUGCUUCCUACAAACCAUGAACCUGCUGACUAUGAUACAUUCGUGGACACCUUGGAGAAGAUCAAAGAAAUGGAUAAGCCGGAAAUACUAUGUUUUAUGCUGCAGAAAUAUAUCAACGGGGACUUCAAGAGGAGGAGAUAUGUCUAGACUUAAAGACUUUUGGCCUAAAUUUAAAACCUGCAUUCCGUUUCUUACAAUUCGCUUUAUGUGUAUUUGCUUAUCUAACGAGUAUUUUGUCAUUUCCUAAGUUAGCUUUAAAUGUAUGUAAAUGUUUCAAAAACAAUAUCUAAAUGUGCGUGGAUUUACCAAGUAUCUCUAAAUGUACGUAGAUUUCUUUCCUUAAAUGUCCGUCUAUGUCUCUUCUAACUAUCUUUAACAUAAUGUUAGUCCAUAAUCGAAUGUAGUUAAAAUGUAGUGAUCAGUAAAACCUAGUCAUUUUCUUAUAAAAACAAUUAACAUAGCAGUAGAAUUGUAGCUUGGGAAUACGAAAAUCCAUCAAAAGAUAUAAAAAAUAAAAAAAAAUCGCUUAUAAGAAUAAAAAAAAAGUUUUAAUCUUCAUGUCUAGUCUUUCAUAUAUCAGCUUAUUUAGAGGAUAUACAACAGGUAGAGUAAGACUAACUUCUGUUUCACUUUUGUUGAUUUGAGGUUUUUUACAAGGCUUUUUGCCUCGAUACUUCGUCACAGUUAACCUUAACGACUAAUGAUUUAUCACAAAGCUAUAUGAAUUUUACCUUCGUACUUUAAUUGCUGUACCUGAUUUGAACAAAUCGAGACAUAUUUUUUUAUAUUACCAUUUUUGUAUUAAAAUAAUGUUUUUUAUUAUUCUCAUUAAGUUUUUUAUCCUCUAAUUGUAAUUAGAUAUAAGUAUUCUUGAUGUGCCAGUAAUAUUACACUACCUUUUUUUGUUUUUUUUUUUGUAUCGAUGGGGAAAUCUUUGAAAGAUACCCUGUCUUUUGUUUCUUUUUUUUAUAAAAGACAAGGGGGUUUUUAGUGCAUAGCAUUUACUGUUUAAUUUGUUACAAAUUUUCUUAAACAUUUAAAUAAGCAUUGUUAUUGUUUAAAUUUUUAUAUUAAGAUAAUUUCCUAAUUUAUAUGUUAUUUUAUUAUUUUAUACUUUUAUAGUUAUUUAUUCUAACAUAUUCCAUGUAAUCGGUGUUUAGCUAAUAAAGGUGAUCUACCAUAUGG